CAACUGUAGGAGCUGCUGAGGAACAGAACAAUGACUGUAUAAAAGAUGGAUGACUUGGCUCCGCUUUCUACCCACCAUGCGAAACUCCAGUGCCCACAUAAAGGAUUUAUUUUUUCGGUCGUUUAAUGUUUUUACAGUCAUUAGAGCGGAAACCGGCUGGAAGGAAACCCUUCUACGCAGGCGCACACAUCUGAAGUCUUCACAGGCUUAGUGGCAGUAAAACCUUUCUUCACAAGAAUGGCACCAGCUCAGAACAAACAGUUGGAGCAUGUCAUCAGUGAGGUGUUAAAGACCGGAGAUGUCCAAACACUGGAUGUAUUCUUGCAGCGGGAGAUUUAUGAAGAGACUCCCAUGAAAUGUUCUCAGCAGUUUCUCACCAAACUGGAUAAACUUAUCAACAGGGGUUUGGUUCAGAAAGAUCCCAGAUUGGCCAGUUUGGGACUUGCCAGCCUCUACAAGUGUGGAAAAAACCUAAUCCUACCUGGUGGUCGCCAAGGACUCUCUGGGUUAAUAGAACAGGGCCUGAUAAAAAAGAUGGUUGAGUGGUUUGGAAAAUGCAGGCAACUGUGGAUCCAAUGUGGGCCGCAGUGGGAUGAGAACUUGAUCAACCUCUCUGAAGACUUCUUAAAUGUCUUAAUGGUGGUUCAUGAGGCAUGCAAGGAGGGAACCUACGGAAUCUCAGAGUCCUUUCUGUAUCCUGUCGGCCAGUUGGCAGUAGACCCAAAAAGCUACAUCCUGAUCAAAAAAGAGGCAAUUCGUAAAUUCAACUUAUUUCUGGACAAAAUCCCAGUGGAUCUUAAGAAAGACAGGCAGAUCUUAUCGUCACAGGAGGCCUCAGAUAUCAUGGUCAAACUGGCUGGUCAAAUAUUGGAAGCUGGUGAUUAUGACUUUCAGUCAUCCUUGAUGGAGGCACUGUGCAGAAUGGCCACACAUGAUGAAAGGAAGGCGCUUGCACAUAAAUGGUUCAGCAUGGGCCAUGUGGCCAGCGCAUUUGGCCAAAUUCGUGAUUCUGAGUUUGAGACGGCUUGUCGCAAGUUUCUAAACAUGGUGAAUGGGAUGCAGGGAGACAAAAGAAGAGUUUAUUCUUACCCUUGUUUGGAAGUUUAUCUGGACAGCUUUGAGCUGCUGAUGCCCUUGGAUGAGAAACUUGAGGAAUUUUGGAUUGACUUCAACCUUGGCAGCCACAGCAUCUCUUUUUACUUUUCCUUGGCUGAUGAAGAGGUGCAGGAUAGCCACUGGGAAACUAUGUGUAUCAAUGAGCAUGAAGUCCAGAGCUACAAUGUCAAAGAGGAGAGCAAGAGGCAGGUCUUGCAGAUCAAGCUGUCAGAGGUGGUGAUUGUUGGUGCAGUUGAAGGAUCCAGUCUUAUCAUCCAUUUCAGCUCCUCCCUGGACAUUCUGCAGGCUGCUCGAAACGUCUAUGGACACAACAAAAAUAAAGGCUCAACUGUAGUGAAAGCUACAGUUAAAACUUUAAUGGAAGAGAACAGCACUCAGGUUGUUCCAGAGAGCCAGGUGUCUCUUGGUGAAAGUGAAAAAAAUACUGCCCCUUACGUUUUACCUGCCCCAGCUGCACCAGCACAGAUGGUGACCCCAGCCAGGAUGAAGUUCUCUGAGUCCACCACCUUCAUUAGCAGCGGCGGAGGUGGAAGUGUGCGUCAUUCCUUCUCUCUUGCUUCAAACACUCCAGCCAGUGGCAUUGGGGCAGAAAAGCCGUCUCUAAAAGUGAACACAGCCUCUAAACAGGCCAUCAAGAAUAAGGCUGACAAACACAAGAAGAACAUACCACUGGCAGAGGCUGUGAACAUGGCUCUAGCUGAACAAGUAGAUGAACAAUCUCAGGAGGAUAAUUUUGUGCCUGACACCCAACCCAAAACUGGGAGAAACAUGUCUUCUAACUGGCACAAAUUAUCAGUUUCUGAAAUGCUAACAAUGCCAACACAGAAAAUGAGCUCACUGCCAAGAUCAGAAACUUGUUCAACUUUGGCAGGUCCACAGGAGCGCUCCUCAUCAUCGAGGUGGUCAGUUUCAGCCUCAAGCUUAUUCUGCCAAAAGCAACUUCAUAUCCAACUCACCGAGCGCCUGCAGCAGGUCCUCAAUGGGAGGAACCAAGAUUCUGCGCCUACUCCAGAAAUGGCUGAUAUCAGAAGAGACUCUAAUGACACAAGUACAGAAGACCAGUGUGUUUCCUCAUUGUGUACUUCCAAGGAUCAACGUGCCCAGAGUAAUGGCUGUGUAAAAGGGAAGACCAAGGUCCAGACAUCACUGGCGAUAGGUGUUAUUCCAAUUAAACCAUCAGUCAAGACUUCCACAACCAAAAAUCAGAAGGAGAAAAUGCCAUCUGAAGCUGAGGUUGAAAAUAAGAACUAUCCAUCAAGCAAAGAAAAGAGAGACACAGAGGUUGCAGGUAGCAUGGUGAAGCUCAUCUCUAGCCAUUAUAAGGUUGAUGGCCAAGCCAACAAAAAAGACACUGCGGAAAAUAUCAGUCAGAACUGGAUUCCUCCGCUUGUCAACAGACCAAUCUUCAAUAUGAGCUGGUUGCCAACUGGAAAAAGGGAAACAUCCAGAAACCUAAUUAAAUCACACAGCAAAACUAAACCAAGCUCUGUCAGAAAAGACGUUUUUGCAUUCAGCACCAAUACCCCUCCCAGCAAUGGGAAAGCGAACAGAAACACCUCUGCCAUACAAAGCAGUGACAUCCACUCCUCGGUACUGAGCACAACCAAGAAAGAACACCCUGUGGGAAAAGUGCAGAAGAAGCGAUAUGUCAAAAAGCACCUGUUUAGUGACACAGAUACAGACAAUGCCAUGACAGAGGUCAGCUGGCUGAGAGAGUCAGCCAGGAGGUCCAAGCCCAAGGUUACCAAAUACUCCAGGCAGGCACCCAUCAAAUCUAGAGCUGUCCCACAGCAUGGUUCAUUUGAAUCCCCAGAUUUACUGCCAUCCUUUCCAAAAGCUGUAAUGGAUAAUAACAAACCCACUAAGAAAAACAGCCAUAUGAAGAAGGCCCUGGGUCAGCCAAAGGAGACAGUAAAGCCAGCAGCAGCACCAAGAAGACCACAUGCAGCUGGCAGGAGGCCCAAGAGAGCUGCAGCCACCUCUGCCAAAAGCUACAAAGAACCAGAUACUGAUGACAGCCAGUCAGAAGAACCAGAGGAUCCUCCUGCUACCAAGUAUUCGUCUACGGAUCAUCUAAAGAAAACCGAGGAAGUUCAUGAAGCUCAAAACAAAAAAAAGACCUACAGCACCCAAGCAAUGAAAAAGAGUAUGAAGCCAGGGUCAGAGUCUUUGUUAGAGAAGCCAACCACUUCCAAGCAGGGGAAGCAUGAGAAGACCUGUUCAGUGGUUCCUGACGUAAAGAUAGGGAAAAACACCUCUGAGCUAUGCACGGAGUCCUACAGGAGAAAACACGGCAACCUGUCAGAUUUUAAAAAGCCAUCCGUACUCAAGCAGAGGCCUGAAAAUGUUCUUCAAGAAACUUCAAAAUUGAAUAAGAAAAAUGCCCAAGAACAGAAGAGUUCACUGAGGGAUUCCUGGGCUGCUUGCCAGACCUCUUUCUGUCCAUCCCCUCCUUUCAUCGAGAAGAUGAGAUCUGCCGAUAGGUCAGCCCCAACCUUGGAUUUGACCUACUCCCCUCUUCUCACCCCGCGGGGAUCCCUGCUGCCUGCCUCCCCUAAGCCUCCUUGCCAAGACACCCCCUCACCAAUCCUGCUGCUACCCAAACCUUGCUCCACAGUCAGCAGUAAAGAAAUGUGCAAGUCUUCUUUCUACAGUGCAGAAAAGAACCGUGGCUCAUCCAAGACUCGUUCUAUCCAGUCUGUCCAUUCUAUCGCUUCACUGGGAGGUCAAACCACUGCACCCAAUCCUCCUGCUGAACUUAGUGCAGCAAAGAUAAGUCCAAUCCAACAGCGGCUUUCUUCAGCAACUUAUUCCCCUUUGUCCACUCGCCCCGUGAUGACGUCCACACUCCUUGAGCUGGACAAGCCACCCUUGCUGUCUCCUGCUCAAUCACCAUUUCUGAACGACACCAUUAGCUUUGGCCACCACUGUAGUUUGAGUAAAGUGUCUUCAGUAUCCCAGGCAUCCACUAACUCAUCAGUACUCACCAGCAAAGUUAAGGACAGCCCCACUGAUGCCCUGGCUAUAUCUCUUAAAACAGAGAAAACGCCACUCUCAGACCAAGACUCAAAGCUUGCACAGUCUCUUGUUUCAGGACCCAGUCGCAAGCGCCACAUUUCCUUGUCUAGUAAUUCCGAGGACGAGGAGAAGGAAGAGCGGAAGAGAAGCGAGAUGAGCGGGAAGCGUUCUCCUCAUAUGAAGCCAAGGAAAUUAUUCAAGUCAUUCGAGGUGUCUGCUGUAGAUGAGUCGAGUCAGGUGAAGUCGUCCUCUUGUCAUUGGGAGGCUGAAGUAAUGGAUGGAGACAUGGACAUGGAUGAGGAUUUAGAUUUGCCAGAAAUUGCGGUAAACCCAAGUAACCUGUGUCAGCAGCUGAACUCAGAGCUGCAGAAGAAGUUCCAGAAACAUUACAGCUUGGUGGAGCUUUACAACAAGCAGUCUUUGAAGACCAUCCAGCAACACGUCUCCUCCGUUAAUACGCAAAUUACAAAAAGCAGGGCUCAGAGGCUUGAACAGGUUCAGAAGGUCCUCCUGGAUGAGAUAACCAAAUUGGAGCAAGAUGACACAGUGCUGAAAAGCAUGGAGGAAGACCUCACUGUGUGUAGGAAAAAACAGAUGAUGGGCUUUCAUUCUUACAAGAAGCAGGAAGUCAGGAGAAAUGAGAUCCUGAAGAGAGCCCUUCAGAGUAGCACAUGCCACAGCUUGGAGUAUGAGGACAGAAUAUUCACAUCUGAGAUGUGCAUGAUCAGAAAAGACAUGAAGUCGGUUCAGGACAAAUUGCUCAGUGAGAUGCUAGAGGGAGAACUCCAGAGUGUGAAGAGAGGACUGCACACUUUGUUCUUCCCCUGAGGGGAGCCUGGUUUGAGUUCGACACGGUCCUGCAACACAAUAAACCAGGCUGUGUAUUUCAUGCUGUCCUGGGUAGUUCCGCUGUGCUGAGUCAAAGUAUUUUUCACGCAGUGUUUAUUAUUCCAGUUUCUGCUUUGAUUCUAUGUAGAUGUGUUUGGUUUAUUCUGAUGGUGCAUUGUUCCAGUGUCUUGGAUUUUAUUAGAAAUGUUAUUCUGAUGUUAUUUCAUGGCUUUUUUCAGGAAGUUUUGGUGUUGUAAGCUUUGCCAUGGUCUUAAUUACCUUGGCUCUGUGAUAUUUUUAACCCUAAUUCCUGAUUUAUUUAUGUGAGCUGGUUACGUACUGGAAAUGGCCAACUAAGCAUUCAAGAUCUUAAUUGUAUCAACUGCUUUUUACUAAAUUCUCUACCUUAA